AUGACAACACACUCGCUCACCAAAGUCUUGCUAUGGGUCGUCACCCUUGGUCUUUUCUCCCUGGUCACUGCUACCGGAGUUGACCUCUCGGACAUGGUGCCUCGGACCAUCACCCAAUCUGACGGAACUACUUCGACCAUCUACAUCAACAGACGGCUGAAGUUCAAUCGGGGGUCAGAAGGUACCCGCCCAGUCCGACUGACGAAGCGGUUCCCGUUCUCUGCCGGCAGAGAUGAGUGGUGCGGUGAACUAGCCCAAGACCCAGCAACAGACUUCUCGGCUUCGGCGCCGCUGGCGGCAGACUGCAAAGCCCUCGCCAACGCUCUGGGAAACGGUUUCUGGACCCUGCAGCCUGGCGACUUUGGAGGCGGUUGGGCUCGUGUUGCCAGCUCUGGAACGUGUAGCUUCGCUGCGAGGUACGCCGACACCGGAAGCGCAGCGAGUCCCAUGAGAAUUGGGACGAACGACAUUCGGUUCUACACCAACAGAUACGCAGUGCUGGAGCAAAGCGGGAAGCUGGGGUUGCAGGGGACAGUUCAGUGUAGCAACAAUGAGCGGAUGCUAUUUGUGACUUGGGGAUUGAUUCACAGCUGA